AUGGUUGUCCUCUCCGCCGCAAUUACGACCCGCUCGGGCAAACCUAUACUGGCCCGCCAGUUCCGCCAGAUGCAAAGAUCCCGUGUCGAAGCUCUCCUCGCAUCCUUCCCCAAACUCGCCGACACAGCCAGCCAACAUACAACCGUCGAGCAGGACAAUGUGCGCUUCGUCUACCAACCGCUGGAUGAGCUGUACAUGGUCUUGAUCACCAACAAGCAGUCCAACAUCUUGCAAGACAUCAACACUCUCCAUCUCUUUGCGCAGGUUGUAGGCAGCGUGUGCAAGAGCCUCGACGAGAGGGAGAUCGGCCGCAAUGCCUUCGAGCUGCUGUGUGCGUUCGACGAGGUGGUUACCUUGGGCUACCGGGAGAACUUGACCAUGAGCCAGAUCAAGACUUUCUUGGAUAUGGAGAGUCAUGAGGAGCGGAUUCAGGAGAUCAUUGCGCGGAAUAAGGAGCUAGAGGCUAGCGAGGAGAGGAAACGCAAGGCGAAACAGCUCGAGAUGCAGCGGAAGGAGAUGAGCCGGGCGGGAAGGGGUGGAAAUGGCAGUAUGAGUUCGAUGGGCAGGCAUCAGUCGUUCGCGCCGACUACAUAUACACCUCCGCCUAGCACACCCAGCAUGACGGACAGCUACGACAGCUACACCGCCGCCAAGAACGAGAAGUUCGGCAAGGCGAUGCCGUCACGAGGAAAGGGCAUGCAGCUCGGCAAGAAAAAUAAGACUGGUUCGAUGUUUGAGGCGGUACGGGGCGAUUUGGGCGCUGAAGCAGAACCCAGCGCGCCUCUGGCCGGUGUCCCAACUCCUGCGGCGCCUUCCAUUCAACCCAACAUUCAAUCUUCGGGCGGUCCUCGCUCCAGCAUUGACCGCGACGGCAUCCACAUCACCGUCGCCGAAGCUAUCACUGCCCGUCUCUCACGCGAAGGCGCCAUUGAAUCUUUCGAAGUCAAAGGCGAUCUCCAACUCCGCAUCUCAGACGCCAGCCUCACGCAAAUCAGACUUCGCCUCAACUCUGGCGACACCAGGAACGCACAGCUAAACGCACAUCCUAAGGUCGACCGAACACAGUUCAGAUCGAACAACAUCAUCCAACUCACCGACAGCACGAAAGGCUUCCCAGCCAACAAUAGCAUCCAGGUCAUGCGCUGGCGGUUGACGGCCAAACCGGAUGACGUCUCCGAUCCGCCCAUCAAAUUCACCGUAUGGAUGUCGGAGACCUCCGCCAACACCCACAGCGUCACCGUCGAGUACGAGCUCACCGGUUCCGACUCAUUGAAAGAUGUAACAGUGAUGAUCCCCUACGCUUCCUCAGAACCGAGCGUCAGCUCUUUCGAUGCCAUCUACGAAGUCAGCGGCGACAGUCUAGAAUGGAACAUCGGCAACGUCGACGACUCCAACCCAGCUGGAUCUUUCGAAUUCGAAGCGCAGGCGCAGAGUGAGGCAGAGUUCUUCCCGAUGCAGGUACGAUUCGCCAAGACACGGCCUUGGGUGGACAUCGAUGUGGCGAGCGUGGAGUUGGUGAGCGAGGGUGUGAAUGUGGGGUUUGCGAAGGAUGUCAGGAGUGUGGCGGAGAACUAUACGAUUGUAUGA